CCUCCCCCUCCGCUCAAUCCGCUGCCCCUCCCUCCCUUCCAUCGUCGGCGGGCUCCCUCCCGACGGCGGCGCGAGCCUGGACGGCCAGCGCACGUCGCACCCCUUUCCCCCGCGACGGCCACCCGCGGCCCCCUUCUCCCCCGCGCCUGGCCCGACGGCGGCGUCCACGCCUUCUCCUCGCGGGGACGCCCCGUCCCGGCGGCGGCGCUCACUCGCUUCUCCUCCCUGCGCCGGCGCCCGCCUGUCCGCCCCCUUCGCCGGAGGGUUUUGUAUUAGCUACUGUUUUUCACUGGAUGGUGGUAAUGGGGUCAGAAGAGUGGGAGCUGUAUCCUUCUUACAUUGGUUCACAGGUCAUGGAAUACAGACCGAUCUCUGAAGACAGCGAUGAUGAUUGGAAUGGGGAUGUGGCAGUGCCAUUGGACGCUGUCCUCCCUGAUGAUCUCUUGGAGAAGGUUCUUUCCUUCUUGCCGGUUGCAAGUAUCAUAAGAUCUGGGUCUGUCUGCAAGAGGUGGCACGAGAUUGUGCAUGCCCAAAGGCAGACAUGGAGUAAAAUGGUGCCUCAGAAGCCAUGGUACUUCAUGUUUACUUGUAGUGAGGAGGCAGUUUCAGGUUUUGCCUAUGACCCAAGCCUCCGCAAGUGGUAUGGGUUCGAUUUCCCUUGCAUUGAAAAGAGCAACUGGUCUACAUCCUCAUCGGCUGGGUUGGUGUGCCUGAUGGACAGUGAGAACAGGCGCCGCAUUAUGGUGUGCAACCCCAUCACUAAGGACUGGAAGCGGCUUCUUGAUGCUCCUGGAGGCAAAACAGCUGAUUACAGUGCUCUUGCCUUUUCAGUGGACAGGAGUUCUCAUCAGUACACCGUGGCUAUUGCAAGGAGCAACCAGGAUCCGUCAGAGUAUUAUCAGUGGGAGUUUACAAUCCAUUUGUAUGAGUCGGUCACUGGUAAUUGGGUGACUCCCUUUACUGGAGUAUUGCUCGGAUGGAGAGGAGGUGACGAGUGUGUCAUCUGCGAUGGAAUACUCUACUACUUGGUGUACUCCACAGGAGUUCUGGUGAAUAAUAAUGAGCAUCGCCAUUGUCUUGUCAUGUAUGAUCUUGCUGCAAGACCGAACCACUCUUCUUUAAUGAGCAUGGCUAUUCCAGUGCCAUGCGCUCUUACAUGUGGCCGGCUGAUGAACCUAAGUGAGAGGCUUGUGCUGGUUGGUGGCAUUGGCAAGCAAGAUAGGCCUGGGAUCAUCAAGGGAAUUGGCAUUUGGGAGCUCCAUAACAAAGAGUGGCGUGAGGUUGCUCGGAUGCCUCACAAAUUUUUUCAAGGAUUUGGUGAGUUCGAUGAUGUUUUUGCAAGCUGCGGGGCAGAUGAUCUUAUCUACAUCCAGAGCUAUGGGUCCCCAGCUCUUCUCACCUUUGAAAUGAAUCAGAAGCUAUGGAAGUGGUCAGUGAAGAGCCCUGUGUCAAAGAGGUUUCCGCUGCAGCUGUUCACUGGUUUCUCUUUCGAGCCAAGGCUGGACAUUGCUUCCUAGUGUUCCUAAUUUGUUCUACCUCCACAUAAUCCUUACAUUGUAUUUUGCCUGGUUUUGGAGUGGCCAAAGUCGGGAUGAGAUGCUGCCAUUGGAAGAAGCUUGAACACAACAUGUUCAAUUUUAUAGAUCUUAUUCUAUUCAUUGCUGGGUGUAUUGGGUAUAUCUUCUAAUUGAAGUGAUCAAUUAACUUUGCUGAUCUUUUUGUUAACUUGGUUGGAUAGUGGAGGGAGAGAUGAUGUCAACGAAUUACACAAGAACUAUUGUUUCGGGAUUACUUUUCUUGUCUCAGAAAAUUGGACCACUCCUGUUUUACUGUCUUUAAGUCUCUGCGGCCACUGAAUUA